UCCGGAACCAGAGGCAGAAACUCCGAGGAAAUGUUAAAAGCGGGGACGUUCCUGCUCUGGCUGCGUUAGUCACGGCAGCCCCGGAGCCCCUCGGGGGCGGCGGCAGGGAAGGGGCUGUCCUGCGGGGAGGGGACAGCGAGGAGCCCCUGGAUGCGGGUGGGCGCCGGGCGGUGUCCCCUGGCUGGGAAGGGACAUCCCGGAGCCCUGGGGUGGCCGGGAGCGGUGCCGGGGCGCUCGCCCGCUGCUCGCAACCCGUGUCCACAGCUGCAGCGCCGGACGCCGUCCCGGGGCCUCUGCCCGGUGCGGUGCCGGUGCGGUGCCCCUGCCCGGUGCGGUGCCGGUGCGGAGCCCCUGCCCGGUGCGGUGUCCCUGCCCGGUGCGGAGCCCCUGCCCGGUGGCGCAGCGCGGGCGGGGGGCGGCGGUCGCACGGGGGCGGGCCCGGGCGGGGCGGGGGCGGUGCCGCCGGGCGGGGCGGCGGCGGUGCCGGGGCCGGUGUCCGUCCGGAUCGGGUCUCGGCGGUCGCUCCUGCUUGCGGGGUGGCGGAGGCCACGGGUGCGAAGCUGCGCGGGAGCGGCCGCUCCCACCGGGCCGGAGCCGAUGCUGGCGGCCGAGCCCGCCGCUACCGGAGCCAUGUCCCAUCCCGAGGCGGAGCGGGCGGAGAGCGGCUCCGCGCCGGAGCCGGAGCCGGGUCCAGGGCUCACCGGACGGGCCCCGCACCGUAACCGCAGCCGGCGGCCCUCGGGGCGCGAUUCCCGACGUGCUUCCUCCCGCUUCAACCGGCGGAGCUCGGCCGAGCUGGAGCUGCUCGGGUACCCGGCGCCGGACGGAGAGCGCGGGGGGUCGCCGCCGCCGCCGCCGGCCGCUGCCGGGCUCCGGGAACCCGAGGAGACGGAGAGCGAGGAGGUGGAGACGCGGGCGGUCGCCACCUCCCCCGACGGCCGGUUCCUCAAGUUCGACAUCGAGAUCGGCCGCGGCUCCUUCAAGACCGUCUACAAGGGGCUGGACACGGAGACCACCGUGGAGGUGGCCUGGUGCGAGCUGCAGACACGGAAGCUGUCCAAGACGGAGCGGCAGCGGUUCAGCGAGGAGGUGGAGAUGCUGAAGGGGCUGCAGCACCCCAACAUCGUCCGCUUCUACGACUCCUGGAAGUCAACCAUCAAAGGCCAGAUCUGCAUCGUGCUGGUCACAGAACUCAUGACGUCCGGCACCCUGAAAACGUAUUUGAAGCGCUUCAAAGAGAUGAAGCUGAAGGUGCUGCAGCGCUGGAGCCGGCAGAUCCUCAAGGGUCUGCAUUUCCUGCACACUCGCUCGCCCCCCAUCAUCCACCGCGACCUCAAGUGCGACAACAUCUUCAUCACGGGCCCCACGGGCUCCGUCAAGAUCGGGGACCUGGGCCUGGCCACGCUCAAGCGAGCCUCCUUUGCCAAGAGUGUGAUAGGCACCCCCGAGUUCAUGGCGCCGGAGAUGUACGAGGAGAAGUACGACGAGGCAGUGGAUGUCUACGCCUUCGGGAUGUGCAUGCUGGAGAUGGCCACCUCGGAGUACCCCUACUCUGAGUGCCAGAACGCUGCCCAGAUCUACCGCAAGGUCACCUCGGGCCUGAAGCCCAGCAGCUUCUACAAGGUGAAGGUGCCCGAGCUGAAGGAGAUCAUCGAAGGCUGCAUCCGCAUGGACAAGAACGAGAGGUACACCAUCCAGGACCUGCUGGAGCAUUCCUUCUUCCAGGAGGACACAGGGGUGCACGUGGAGCUGGCGGAGGAGGAUGAUGGAGUCAAGUCUGGGCUCAAGCUCUGGCUGCGCAUGGACGACACGAAGAAGCUGCACGGCAAAUACAAGGACAACAACGCCAUCGAGUUCCUCUUUGAGCUCUACAAGGAUGUGGCAGAGGAGGUGGCUCAGGAGAUGGUGGUCCUGGGCUUUGUCUGUGAGGCCGACUACAAGCUGGUGGCCAAGGCAGUGCGGGACCGUGUGGUGGCCAUCAAGCGCAAGCGGGAGAAGCUGAAGCGUGCCCAGGGUGCUCCAUCCCCCGCAGAGCCAGAGCAGCUCCUGGAGGAGCUCAAGUCCCCGCUGCCUCCUGGUGCCCCCACGUGUGCCCCGGCCACCCCCGGCUCUGGGGACUCUGCCUUCAGCAGCACCUUCCCCCUGGAGCCUGAGGAGCCCGAAGCUGACCAGCACCAGCACUUUACCUACCGGCACACCAGCUACUCCUCAGCCACCUCCGACUGUGAGACCGACGGGUACCUGAGCUCCUCGGGCUUCCUGGACUCCCCAGACCUGGCCCACCGCAGCUUUGUGGCAGUGGACCCCACCAGCCCACCCCCCAGCCGGCCCGUGCGCUGCUUCCCCACGAGCAUCGCCGUGCAGCUGCCCACGGAACAUUUGCCCCCUGCCAGUGGCUUCUCCUCCUCGGUGGACAGCUACACCUCGGAUGUGGCAUCGGGCAUGAGCGAUGGCUACGAGGGGCUGUCGGCCAGCGAGCAGAGCACCAAGCUGCCGCCCAAGAGAGCCACGGGGAAGCUGCUGCGGCGCCGAGCCCGGUCCAGGCUGCGCAUCACCAACAUCUCCGACAAGAACGACCGAGUGGUGGAGUGCCAGCUGCAGACCUACAACAACAAGAUGGUGACCUUCAAGUUCGACCUGGAUGGGGACAACCCGGAGGAAAUUGCAGCUGCCAUGGUCCACAAUGAGUUCAUCCUCAAGUCAGAGAGGGAGAGUUUCAUCAACCGUAUCCGGGACAUCAUCCACCGCGUGGAGACCCUGCUCCGCAAGGAUGGCCGUGGUGGCACCGAGGUGCCCAAGGGCCCCGAGGCUGACAAUGCUCUGGGCAGCCCCGUGGACCUGCAGCUGCAGGGGCUCUCGCGCUCCAUCUCCUCCUCCUCCUCGCUCAGUGACCUGAGCUGCACCAGUCCCAGCCUCUCUGUCCAGUCCCCCGUGCUGCCGUUGCUGAGCCGCUCCCCAUCCGAGACCAACCUGGCCAGUCCCGUGGAGCCUCUGGCAGCCCCGGUGCCACUGGGGUCCCCCACAGGCUCAGCACAGACCUGGCCCCUCGUCUCCAUGACUCCCUCCUGGCUCACGUCAUCACCAGCCCUGACACCAACGCUGACUCCCCAGGGGACCCCAGGGGGGCCUGUCCCCCCGGCCCUGCCCCACGGCCUCCUGUCCCCCCAGCCUGUCCCUACGCCCCCUGUUCCCUGCGAGCCCAGCAGUCCCCUGAGCCCCGCCGUGACCAGCACACCCUUGUCCCCCACUGCCCCCCUCUUGUCCCUGGCCAAUGUCUUCUCCCUGGCAGUGAUGACCGUGGCCCACACUGUCUCCUCCAUUGCUAGCUCAGGUGGGCACCUCUACCCACCCCUGCUGCCACGGCCGCAGAGUCUUGCCCUGGGUGCCCCACGCUUUGUCUACCCUGACCCCACCAGCACAGACAAGCCCGUCCCACCUGGCAGCGGGACCCCAGAGUCAGUGGGAGCUGCUGUCCCCACUGCUGGGGUGCCCAUAUCCUCCCUUCCCUUGGCACCAGCCCCAGCGUGCCCCCCGGGCAGCGAGGCCGCGGGGAGCCCUCUGCAGCUGCUGAGCACAUCCACAUCUGGGAGUGCAGAGGGCAGCACGGUGCUGCCCGGUGCCCCCAAGCCCAGCCACUCUCUGAUCAUCUCGGAGGCACCAGCCCCCAGCGUGCCCAAGGCCCAGCUCUCGCCCAUCAACGAAGCAGAAGCCAAGCCCCAGGUGCUGGGCCGGUUCCAGGUGGUGCCAGCCAAGGAGCUGGCUGUGAGCUCCGCGGGGCUGGGCAGCAGCGACGGCGAGCAGCAGGGCACGGAGCCGGCAGCGAGCGGCUCCCCGCCUCCCGCGGCGCCUGGCACCGGCCCCAGCUCGAGCAGCGACUCGGAUGCGGCACCGGAGGCGCCCAAGGCUGAGGAGGUGGCAGCCGAGGGGGGCAGCGCGCCUGCCGCGCCGGCGGGGAGCGACCCAGGGGAGGGCCCUGGGGAAGAGAGCACGGAAAAUGUGCCGCAGGCCAUGCUGAGCCAGGUGUGGAUGAGCUACUCCCGCAGCCUGUCCUACGUGAGCAGCGACGACACCGAGAGCGAGGACGAGGAGAUCUGGGAGGAGCUGCAGAACCUGCGCCAGAAGCACCUGGCAGAGGUGCAGCUGCUGCAGAGCGCCCAGAAGAAGGAGAUCGAGGAGCUGUACCUGCGCAUGGGGAAGCAGCCGCCGCUGGGCAUCGUCUCGCCCGCUGCCAUGCUGUCGGGCCGCCAGCGCCGCCUCUCCAAGGGCAGCUUCAACCCCUCCCGCCGCAACAGCCUGCAGCGCCUGGAGCUGGCGCCGCCCGCAGGCAUCAUGCGCCGCAACUCGCUCAGCGGCAGCAGCACGGGCUCGCAGGAGCAGCGCCUCAACAAGGGCGUCACCUUCGCCGACGACCUCGGGCGCGUGUAGCUGGCCGGCCAAGAAUGACUCCAUGAACUACCUCAUCCAAGUGCCUGCUGCCCGGGGCGGGCAGUGCCAGCCCUGUCCCACGGGGCUCUGCCCGCUGUCCCCCGCCCCAGCUGGAGGACACGUGCGAGGUGUCGCCGUCCUCGGUGGCUGGAAGGAGCUGAGCCCCCCGGAGGACCCCCGGCUCGUCCCAGCCCCGUCCCGGACCCCGCCCGCCCUGCGGCCGCCUUCAGCUCCCGGCGGCCCUGCCGCUGCAGCACCGCGAUCCGGGAGCGCUUUGUUAGGAUCUGGCGUUGGAAAAGCGUUUUCAUAAACGUGGAUUGAAUACAAA